GGGGCUUUCAGUGGCGUUUCGGCGGGGCCCGGCGGGGCGAUGCUCGCCUGCCCGAGCCGGUCUCGGCGAUGCGGGCGGGGCUGUGCUCACUCCGGACAAGGGCAGCUCGGCCCCUUCCCAGAGUCCUAGCACCUGGCAGCCCUGGAAAAAACGCCGCAUCCCUCCACGGUGCCCAAGUCUUUGGAGACGCUGCGGAGACCUUGAGGCACAAAAGAGGGCCACAUCCAGUGCUAAAAUCUGUUGGAUAUGUUUCUGGAGACCACGGACAGCUGCACCAGUAACUAUGCUCCCUGCAAAGACAUUCCCCGCACAGCAAAGUGUGGAAGAUGCUGACAUGCCAUUUUGAGGCUGAAAACUGUCCCCUUUCUCCUGCCUGGCUUUAACUGAUUCCUCAAGAUGUUUGCAAAAGCAACAAAGAAUUUUGUGAGAGAAACUGACAGUGGAGGUGACUUGAUCCCUGUGUCCCACUUGAACGCCUCAGACAAGCUACAGCUUUUGAGCUUAGUUACGAAGAGGAGGAAAUUCUGGUGCUGGCAGAAGCCCAAAUAUCAUUUCUUGACAGUCACCCUGAGUGAUGUGCUUACUGAAGACAAACCGAUAAAACCAGUGAUUGUGGAGUCUGACUUUGCAAAAUAUAUGGGGAAAUUUGAAGACUUUGUUCAAGGAAGUAUUGAAGCGUCGUUUGUAAAGAUCAGGCUGGGAGCUGGAGGGAAGGGCUAUGUGGAAAACGAGUCCUCAUUUGGAAACCUGAGGAAGCAGGAGAUUGACUUGCAGCAGCUUAUGAAAGACGUCAAGGACAGAACAAUAGAUCUAAGCAGUAGUUUACUGCAACAAGUAAUAGAAAGAAAACGUGAAGUGCUGUGCAUCUUGAGAGAAAAGAUAAUAACAACUCAGAGGUGUACAAUAUUUGAACAUGUCCAGACAGAAGAAAAAGUCAGUGGUGUGAUGGGAUGCACUGCAAAAACAGUAAAGGUUUCAGUAAGUGAAAACGGAAGUAUGGUGAAGGAUUCUAGUGUGAUUCUUGAAAUUCCUCCUGCAACCACUAUUGCCUACGGUGUAAUUGAACUGUUUAUAAAGCACAAUGGCCAGUUUGAGUUCUGUCUGCUAGAUGAACAGCAAGGAGGUUUUGAAAAAGAAAGCACAGAAGGUUCAACUUAUCCCCAUUCAGCUCUAUUCAGAGAUGCUUCAUUUCUCUAUCAGCCAGAUGCUGUUGAUAAUGAGAUGUACUCUGGGGCUAAAAACCUCGUUCCCAGUGAUGCUUCUAUAAGUGUAUUGAAACAAGAUCUGUCACAGUUGAAGACCCAGUUGCAGCCCUUUGUGAAGCUUCCAGAAGACAAGCAAAGAGCUUUAUAUAAAACCCUUUGUGAACUCUUGCUCCAUGAAGAAAUGGUGACUGCCCUGGGGGAUGUGUUUGAUGAUAUCUGCACAGGAGAUGAGCCAGACCUGGAGGAGUUAAAACCUGCACAACAAAGAGACCUCCUUGACUUCUUGCAGCUCUUAGGGUGCAGUUUACAGAGUGAGUUGUUGUUGCAGAAAUAUCAGCCUCAGGAUGUAGAGCUUUUCUCAGCUGCGCACCUUCUCAUCAGUGCUAUCUCUGAGCUGUCUGAUUACACUCUGGUCCUGCUGCGUGCCUGCUGUGAUCUUCAGGUUGUUCCAGCGUUGUGUUGUUUGCCUGACGUCACUUCAGCCGACGGCACUGUGGCGCUGAGCAGUCCUUUGGUGGCCACUCUCACUGACAGGAGAAGAUUUGAUGUCGCGAAAAGGCUGUUGGCUUCAUCAAACAUUAAUUUGGAAAUGACAGAGUCUUCUGUAAAAGCUGUAACUAUGAAAGAACCUCGAUUCUUCCCACUUGUUCUUUAUGUCGCAUUGUGUGGGCUUCAUGCUUUAGAUGGGAAUGUAUAGCAGCUUUACUGAGUAUCCAGUUUUGGCUCUAGCCUGUUCUUUCUUCUGUAGCUCCAUAGUGUUGGUGUGUUUGGGCUAAGCAGUAGAGCUGCUCUGUUGGGUCCUUAGGGCAGCACAGCCAGGCGUUAGGGCAGUUC